UUAAAAAAAGAGUAAUUCUUGCAGCUAUUAUUCCCCUUCCCCUUAUAUUCUCCUUGCAGCUAUUAUUCUGGUUAAAAAAGAGUAAUUCUUACAUUUUUGUCUGAUUUAAUAAUUCAAAUGUCUUGCCUCAUUGCUAUACAUUUUAUUUGUUAUGAAAGCUUUCGUUUGUGUUUGUAGGGUAGAGCAACUUUGUUUAUUGUUUAUUGUUCCUUUUUCUCUUUUUAUCUUCUUCUUUGUUAUUUUUAUUUUUCCAAAAUUAAAAAAGUUGUAAUAUUUGUGUGCCUUUUUGUAGUCUGUUAAAGGAAUGAAAGUCGUGUGUCAUGAGUUGACACAAGCCACUUAUGAUCCAGAAGGCAGUGCAAUGGAUGAACUUAUUAAAGAUUCAGACAUACUUGUUUCAUGCCUUGCAAACAAGGUUGCCAAGACCUUUGAUUUCAGCUUGACAGGAGCAUCAUCUAGAUCUUGUAAAUGUGUUCUCAACACCCUCAUGCAGACAUUUCAAAACAAGAGACUGGCUUAUGCUGUCAAGGAAAUCACUCUUGAUAGUCUAAUUACUGAGCUCCUUCUAUGGUUGUUGGAUGAGAGAGUUCCACAUAUGGAUGAUGGCAGCUAGCUUUUAAAAGCUUUGAAUGUUCUGAUGCUAAAGA